GAGGCCGCGGUGCUCGGUAGUCCAGCCACCACCAAAAGUUCUAUUCAUACGGCCAAGAGUUAAAAGGUUUCGCUUGGUGAAACAUACGCGUGUCUCAAAAUUUUAGCAAUUUGAAAACAUGGCAAUUGACUACAGCAAAUGGGACAAGUUGGAAUUGAGCGAUGACAGUGACAUCGAAGUUCAUCCUAAUGUCGACAAAAAAUCGUUUAUCCGUUGGCGCCAACGUGAUAUUCACGAAAAACGUGCUAUGAGAAAACAAAAGAUGGCCGACAUUCGUGCGGCUUCAGACAUGAAUCGCCGCCUUGCUUCCCGUAUCCAAGAAUUGAUCCAUCAUGUCCAGGGACUCUCUGACUCGGACAAUGCCCUUCAAGCUUGUUCGGAAUACCUGGACCAACACGCAGCCGAAGACGCUGAAAAAGCAAUUGAAGGAGGCGCCUCUUACCAUGAGAUGCUCAAGUCUCUUCUUUCCCAAAUCCAAAAAGACGUUUCCUCUGCUUCCAGGGAAGAUUCAUUAGCUUUGGGAAAAAAGAGCAUCGAGGAUCAACUUGGAAAACACAGCAGCCGUCUUAAAGAAUUAUUGGAAAAGGCUCAGAAGGAGUAUGAACAACUCGAAGAAGAAAGUAAGAGAUACAUAACGUCUGAGGAUAUUCAUAUUGGCUUUGACAACACAAUUGUUACAAAAGCACCUCCUUCCAAGCCAAAAGGAGCAAAGAAGGAAAAGGUCCAGGUGAUUGAAACACUCAAUGCCGACUCUGUACAGGAUGAACAAGCGGGUAGUAGUGCUGCUGCUGCUGCUGCUGAAGAGCCUGAAGAUGAUGAGGAGGAUUUAGAGGAAUUGACGGUUUCCGAAGCUGGCAAGGAAUUUGCACAGCUUGGCUCUGCCGAUUACCGCAAGAGUGAGAGUUUCAUUCUCUCUCACUUGGAAAUUCUCGCAAGACCGUCCGAGUCGGACAGUCUACUGAUGGAGGCUUUCAACGCUGAAAUGGACGGCAGGAGUGCUUUCGCCAUGCAAUGCGUUCGACAAGCUCUAUUGCUGCAAUACUGUCGCCAAUUAGGAGCAAGCAGUAUUAGUGUCUUUUUUAACAAAAUAGAACAAGCCGAUGGUCGAGCCCGUGGUUUGUUUGAAAAUGAUGUUGCCCAAACAUACGAACGUGUCCACACUCGUGCAACCGCGCUCGCGCGCGAGCAGCUUGAAAGAGGUGAAGCCGUUGAACAAAUUCAAUUGUGUGCCGUGGAUCCUAAUACCACAAUUAACAUUAUCGUUCCCAGAGCCGAUUCAGAAGAUGCGGAAGAGAGAGCUGCACGUGAGGUGUUUGAUUCUUUCCCUCUUGAUUUGCAAGAAGCGUUGGCUACGAAUAAUCUCGACACAAUUAACAAAGUGCUUGGUGAAAUGAAGGUCACUGACGCUGAGGAAGUUGUUGAAAAACUUAGCCAGAGUGGCAUCCUUAGCAUUGAAGAGGGUAUCAUUGACACCACAAAGGGAGAAACAAUUCCCCAGCCCGAUGCUUAGAAAAGGAAUCCAAUUUAAGUUUAAGUGUCUUUUAAUUAGCAGCGGCGUACCUUCAGUUCGCCCAAGUGUCAGCAGUCAACCGUUGACACAUUGUGCAAACAUAGGAACAGUGAAAAAUGAAUUGGAAAUUAUCCACCACCUUAUAUUUGUUAUCAAUGCUAUUCUUGUGUUGUUAUUCUCAAGUGAUAAUUGUUUACCCUUUUUAAUGAAUCCAUUUCAGUGUUUAUAGAACCUGUACCUCGGCCAUGAUAGCGACGUGAUCACUGG